UCUACUUGCAAUUACCACGUGAUUUUGGGAUGAGAAUGAACAACUAACUACGUGGCUCCUGUCAUUGCUUUAUUGUUUUACAAUUUUUGACUUUGACGACUUUUCCAAAUUUCUCGUAAAGAAUGGCUUCACCGCCCGCAAAGGAGGACAAGAUGAAGGGCGCGGGCUCGCCGAUCAGUGUAAAAUUAUCGCCCCCCAAAUUGAGCAAGAGGGUCGACCCUACCAUGGGGAAAGAUCCGGUUAAGGCGAGCCACUUCGACGACGACCUCGAAUGGGUCAUCGACAAACGCACGCACAAGGACGUCCACGGUGGCAAGCCGCCACCUCCCAAGGUCAUUUCGCCCGACAUGCACAAGCGAGUUCAGCUGUCCGCGCCACCCGACCCGCGCUCUCCUCCCGCUCCCUACCUCCAGCCGGUCUCGCCGAAACAGCUCGGCGAGAAGGCGGCGAGGAGGGAGCGCGAGGAGAAGGAGCGCAACUUCUGCAAGUGGGAGAGUCUGAACGUGCCGAGGCCCGUCGACGCCGAAACGAUCGGAAAGGGCCUCUUCAGUCCGUCGCCCGAGACGAGCGCGGCGAAGGUGAGACCGAAACGGCCCGAGGAAUCCGUGACGGAGGGCAUGCCGGAUCCGCCCGACUCCGCCGAGCUGCUGACGCGCAAGCCGAAGAGCGGCAUCUUUAUUAAUACCAAGCGGCGCGUGACCGACAAGGACAAGGAUAGUUUCGAUCUCGUCUACGAGCGCAGGCCUAGACCUAGGCGGGCGGAGGAGGACGACGAAAUCGAGACGAAGGUGGUGAAAGACGAGCCGCCCCCGUUGGUCGAGGAGGAGGAGAGGGAGCUCGACGUCCAUUGCAGAGACUCAUUCGAGGAGUUUCUAGGCGAGGAUGAGGAUGUGUGCGAUGUGACUUUGACGAAGAUGUUCAGGCGAAAGGUGUCGCAGUGCACUGUCGCCACCUCGGUCAACUCGAAGGAGUUGGAUGAGUUUCCGGUCUUCGACGAAGCCGAUCUGGAGGAGGAGCCGCAUAUGAACAAGAUCGUGCAGAAGUUUCGGCGCGACUCGGAGGCGCAGCGUUAUAAACCGCCCCCGAGGAAGAUCACCAGGGGCACGCUCGAGAGCCACUCGUUUACGGAAGCCGAGCAGCCGACUUUGAAGGACUUCUUCUACGGGAUUACGCUUGGCACCAUUAAUCAGUACGACUCGCACUUUCCGGCGAGCGCGAGGGGUCUGCAGGGUAUGUGCAUGCCCGUUGCCGCCUACUGCUACGCAACGCUGCUGCACCCGAACAAGUGGACCGAGCUGGUGAUCGACGACAUUCUGGAGAUCGGCACCAGGCUGUACGCCGACAGUGUUGCGACGCUUCACAUGCACAACCAAGCGAAGGAGCUGCAAUUCUUCGAGCUGCACAAGUAUUGCUUCAUCGAGACGAAGAAGAUCCGCUUCCAGGUCUUCCAGCCGGAGGUGGUGGGCCAGGUGCGCUCGACCAACCGACGGAUCUUCAACAUGUACAAGGGUCUGCAGAUCUUCUUCAAUCGGCAGUCGGCCGGCAUUAUCAAAAGCUGCGGGCUGGACGUCGUCGUCUGGAGGGACAAGCACUACUACAUCUUCGACGCCAAAGGUCGCAGGAAGGAUCUUCGCGCCGACCCCACGGGACCAGCGGUACUCGCACACGUCUACGACAUCCCCGACCUCUGCACGAUUCUUCUCAACUACACCGACUUGUCUAACCAUCCGUUUACCAUAUCGAAGGUCACCGUCAGCAAGGUCAUGGACAAGGAUGAGCCCGAGGAGGACGUCAGGUACGAGAUGAUUCACGACCGGAGCGAUUUCAACAUCAUCAACGAGCACAAGGCGGUGGUGCGCGGUUCUUUCGACCUGGCCGACUUGUGCUUCGACUUCGCCCGCAACAAGCAGGCGGUGGCCAUGGCGGUGGUCUGCUUGGCGUACUCGCGCAUCUCCCCGCCGAGCUCGUGGCACACCAAGACCGUCGACAAAAUAAUGAUCAUCGGCAAUCAGCUCUAUCUCGAGCUGGUGGAGAGCGAGGACGUGGUCGAGAUGGAGCUCGAGCACGUGCCGGCGAUGUUCACGGUCGGUCCCUACAUGGUCGACCUGCUGAUUUACUCCAACGUGUACGCGGACGUGAUGGCAAGGAAAGGCGCGUCCAUGCUGCAGAGGUGCUUGGAGAAGUUCUUCGCGUCGAACUCAAUGGCGAUCGUCUUCAUCUCCAGGUACACCCUAGCGAUCUGGGCGCAGCGAAACAUGUUCUACUGCUUCGACCCCUACUCGCGCAACGGGGAGGGGCUGAAGUGCCGCAACGGAUUCGCGUGCGUCUCGAUGCACGCAAACAUCGAGUCGCUGGCGACCACCUGCGGCACGAAUUUCGACAACGCCGACGACAUCUUCCACAUACACGCCCUGAAAGUACUAAAGGUGCACCGGGACCCGGCGCAAGCGCACCUAUUCCCGAAGGGUAUAGCCAUGGACGACUACUCGCCCGAUAGUUUUAAGGAGUGCAAGGUGAAGAAGAGUAAAAAGAAGGCGGCGCGCAAACAGGUGACCGCCGACUUCUCCGAGGGGGCCGUCCGGCCGCUGGCACCGUGGGCGCACCUCGACCCGUCGAUUAUCGAGGUCGGCUCGGCCGUCGACAGUCUGACGCCCGAGCAGCUUCCGCCGAUGGUGCACAAGUUUCCGUCGAAGGUGCGCGUCGAGCACGCCGUGCUGAAGAAGCCCAUCGAUCUGGACUCGCCCAGUCUGUCCGACACGCAGAUCGAGCCCGAACGUGCCGAGCCCGAGAAGGACGAGGGCGAGCUCGACCUCACCUCGUGGAUACUCACGCAGGAGGAGCUCGAGAUGGAGGGCUACGGCGAGGGGGAGGGCGACGAGGUCGAGGACCGCGGCGAGUCGGCGGCGGAGGAAUACAUGGCGAUGGACCAGUACGCGCAGGUCAAUCGCGGGUCGCUCGGCGCCGACAGAAUGUCGGCGCAGGUCAAUACGGACAUUACGGUCGGUUUUCUGCCGGUGCCGCGCGACUUGCUAUCGCCAACCAACAUACGGUGGAAGCAGAGGAUGCUAAAGGAGAGGGAGGUGGCGCGAAGGCGGCAGAUUCUCAUCAUGGAGGAGGCGGUCGGGCAGCCCAUCCUGACGCAAUCCAUGGAGUUGGCCAAGGAGAGCAACUUCGUCGAUCUGCCCGAUGGGAGCCAGAUCAUUAGGGGCACCUGCAAUAUUGCCGGAUUGGGCGAGGACGUGGAGUACAUGGCGCCGUUCGUCUGCAUGAUGUCCGCGGCGGUUGCGCAGAAGUACGCGCUGGGGACGUGGUCCAAAGAGAUCGUGGACUACGCCUUGGGAAGCGGGGCGAAGCUGUACGGUUUGUCGAAGGUGCGCUACGAUCAGGUGCCCAUCCUCGACGUGCCCAAGGUGUCGCUCGGGCAGAGCAACUUCAGCAUUUUGGCCGAGUAUCUAACCGACAACGUCUUCAAGCAGCGGGUUUUGGAGGAGACGCUGGUGCGCCUACUGUUUCGGAAGCACGAAUGCGGCUUGAUUGCGACGCCCUCUUACGCCUGCGCCGUGUUUUACAAGAAUCAACUGUUUUACCUCUUCGAUUGUUUCGGCUGUAACGAGGUCGGCUUAGGGGAGGGCCCCAAGAACAGUGGAACGGCGUGUUUGGCGCGUUUCAAGACCGUCCAGGAUUUGGCGCGGAGAAUUCUGCACAACAAGACCAAGCGCGACAAGGAGGAGGAGUACGAUUUUAGCCGUUUCGUCCUGAGCUCCUGCACCGCGAAACCGAUACCGCCCAAGCUGAUGAAAUUCGGAGCGGGGGAGGACGGCGAAGAUCAGGAGAUCGAGGUGGAGGAGGAUCACCCGCUCAGGGAGAACAAGGUCGGCUACCAACUCAGCGAAGGAAUGCUGACCCUGCAAGGUUCCACCGCCCUCCACGGGAGGGCCACCAACGAAUUUUACAAUCUGAAGCCCGACCACUUUGUCUGCAUCUGCGCGUCCUUGAUGCUCCUGAACUAUCCCAUACUCAGAUGGGACACCAAGCGGGUUAACUACGUCGUGGAGCAAGGCAACCACGUGUACUCGCACGCAGAAAACUUCUCAAUAAGCGACAAGAGAAUCAUUCGCAACAUUCUGAUUUACCAGCACUUCUUCGACAUCAUAAUCACUACGCUUAAGUUUCCAGACUGGCACGACAAGAAGAACCUCUCCACAUGCCUGGACCACGUCAUGAGAAAGCGCGACUACAUCCUCAUGCAGUUCCCCAACUGCUGCUACGUGAUCUACAAGCACACGUCCUACUUCCACGUCUUCGACCCCUACCCCUGCCUCCAAAACGGAGCCGCCGACCCCUCAGAGGCCGGCUUCGCCGGCUGGACCAUCUUCAACACGCUGGACGAGGUGAAGGAGCGCAUCAAGAACCAGAUCGUACCGGACGGCAACCACUUCAUCUUCUACACGUUUGAGGUCACCUCCGUGUCGAAGGCGCCCAAAAGCUUGAUAAUCGGCCAGAAGCUGAUGGACUACGAGCUCGACCAGAAGACGAAACCGGAGAAAAUCGCGGCGAGCUUCAACGAGAGGGACAUCUGGCUGCUGCGCGAGCCGAUCCCCUGGUCGCGCGUCAACUCGUACACGGCCCGGAACGUACCGCGCGGAAGGGCCGACGAGAUGUGGAACAACUGGGACGUGGAGUACGCGAACGACCUGUACUCGAUCGCCGGCACGAUCCACCAGAGCACCGAGCGCUUCGGCGACGAGGUCCGGGGCAAGCAGACGCUCGCGUGCCUCGUCGUCGCGAUCGCCAUGACCGAAAUAUACCCGCUCGCCGAAUGGACGGCGGCGAUAAUAGACUCGACAGUCGUCUUCGGCAGCGGCUACUUCGUCGAGUGCGUCGCAUCGAUCGACGAGGAGGACCACGAGUUCGACACCGACGACCUGCAGCCGAGCUGCCUGAUCUCGCCGUACCGUUUCGAGCUCGUCAUCGUGCCGGUCGUGCACGGCACGAUGUUCAUAAUGCGCGCGAACCAGUUUAACCUCUUCAAGGCGCUGAGGUUCUUCUUCGCCGGGCACAAGAUUCGCAAGGGGAUCGUCUGCUGCGACAAGGGAGUCGCGGAGAAGCGCUUCGUCGCGUUCGGCAAAAUGCAGGAGCACGAGUACUUCAUGUACGAUUGCGAGAUUAACGGGCCGCCGAUGUUUGUCGAGCACCGGGGCGCCUCCUACGUGUUGAGGUGUAAGACGUUAAAGCGGCUCCUCUACGUCAUGACUCUCACGCUUCGAGGCGGUGACUUUUUCAUUUUUGAAGUCGAUGUUGGUAGUUUUAGACCUGUUGAAUAAUAAAU